GCGGUGGUCUUAUCAGAUAGUUUCGAUUUCGAUAUUCUCACGUACCACGGCGGUUGUCAUGUUAAGUUUCGGAGUCCAUCAUGUUGUUGUACUGUCAUCACCUGUGGUAACUGUUGGUAAGCCCAAUAUUCUCGAGUGGCCGAUUCAAAGUGGAUGGAUAAUAUGGUCGAAAUUUUUUGAAUUGAGUGGAAAAAUCGAUCCCUCUAGCAGUGUCGUGGUUAUUGAUUUGGUAGACAGUAAUAUACCGUAGUCGCAACAAUAGGCGCAUAUCUUGUUUUCGCACGCCUUAAGAUUCGAUCCAGAUAACGAUAUUAGAUGAGCGUGAAGCAUUGUAACGCUUAUCUCCAACAGAACGCGAAAUAGCGCAUAAAUAUUACUGGAAGUUAGAAGUCAUUAACCAUCAGUCAAUCGAAGCUCGUCGAGGCGUAAAAGUACCGUACAUAGAGAGUGCGAGAAGUGGUAAAAAGAGCGAUAGAAAGAGUUACAUUGUGUAGUGCGGGGUCUAGUCAAAGUGUUUAUCACUCUAAUAGGCCGUAAGUCGUUGGUCGUUGGUGGCUUACUGACAAACAGCGUUACCUACAGUUGCAGUACCGAAACUGGUGAAUUAACACGGCACGGUACGGAAGGUGUCGGAGAGUCCGGUUGUGGAGAAAUUAUGUGAUUGAAAUAUUUAAUAGGGCUAUUGUACAGCAAUUUGCCUCCGUCCAGUGGUGUUUUUAGUGGAAACUUUUUGCGGACGAUCAGAUUCAUUUUCAGCGGUUUUUUGGUGCCGACCGCGGUUAAGUGACGGUGUGCGCGCGUUAUUCCGAUGUCCAGGGCGAAAUAGUGUUGUUUUGUUUGGUCGAGUUUUAACGGAAUCUUCGUGAUCAUGGCGCUCCUUCCGAUACUCAUCUGCCUGCUGCCGCUGACUUUAGCAGUUCCUCAGGUGGUAGUUCAAAAAAGUGCGUUGAGUGAUGAAGAGAUUGCCGCAGUGCUGCAGCAGUACGAUGAAGAAGUUCGCCCGUUCUGUAACCGUCAGGUCACUGCCAACUGGAAUGUUGCUACUAACACGGAAGAUGAAGCAGCACAAGAAGAGCAGAACUCAGCCACUCUGGCCUACGCGAAGUUCCGCAGCGAUUACUACAAGCAGUACUUCAAGGACGCGGUGGUGGAGAACUACCAGGACGAGAAGGUCCGAAAGCAGCUCCGCCUGUUGAAGGAUCUGGGAACGGCGGCGUUGCCGGAAAGCGAACUCGAAGAGUACAAUAAAGUUAUGCGGCGGCUAGAUACGACCUACCAGCUGGCGGAAAUCUGUCCGUACACCAAUCAGGAGUGCAAGGAGGGUGACCCGAAGUGGACUCUUGAUCCGGAGAUGGAGCAGGUGCUUGCCAGCUCGACUGAUUACGAUGAGUUGAAAUACGUUUGGCAGCGCUGGCGGGAGGAAUCGGGCGGGAAAAUGCGUACGGAUUAUCAACAGUACGUGGAGUUUGUGAAUAAAGCGGCCGAACUUAACGGAUACAGCGAUUAUGGGGAACUGUGGCGGGCGCGGUAUGAUGAUGAUGAUCUUCGGGGCACGCUGGAGCGACUGUGGGCGGAAGUCGAGCCUUUGUACAAUGAGCUGCACACGUAUGUGCGGUACAAGCUGCUGGAUUUGUACGGGGAUAAAAUGGAUAGUGACAAUAAGAUGAUACCGGCGCAUCUGCUGGGCAAUAUGUGGGCCCAGUCGUGGGUGAAUCUUUACGAUCGGAUUAAACCCUUCCCGGAGGCCAGUCUGGUCGAUGUAACCGCCAAAAUGAAGGAGUUGGGUUUCAACGCUACCAAAAUGUUUGAGAUGUCGGACGAAUUUUACCAAAGCUUAGGCUUACCGAGUAGUGCAAUGAGUUACGGUCCGAAGGCCAUUAUCGAGAAACCUGAGCAAAAAAUGGUUUGUCAUGCGUCGGCAUGGGAUUUCUGUGAUGGCGAGGAUUUUCGCAUUAAAAUGUGCACCAGUGUUAAUAUGGAAGAUUUUAUUACGGUUCACCAUGAGAUGGGUCAUAUCAUGUACUACAUUCUGUAUAAGGAUCAGCUGCAAUUGUUUAAAACGGGAGCAACUCCUGCAUUCCACGAAGCGGUCGGAGAUACGAUUGCGCUUUCUGUGGCGACCCCGCAGCAUUUACAGAAGGUGGGAUUGCUGGAAGAUUACGCUGACAGUGAAGCUGACAACAUCAAUGCACUGUUUGAAAUGGCUCUGGAGCGUGUGGCCUUCUUACCAUUCGGGUAUUUAAUCGAUAUGUGGCGCUGGGAUGUAUUUAGUGGAGCAGUGAACGGAAGCAACUGGAACAGCCACUGGUGGAGUCUGCGGGAGAAGUAUCAAAAGGUAUACGCACCGGUAACCCGAACGGAGGACGACUUCGAUCCAGGGGCAAAAUAUCAUAUUCCAGCAAACUCGCAGUAUAUCGCGUACUUCUUGGCGCACAUUUUGGAGUUCCAAUUCUAUCGAUCGCUUUGCAUUGAAGCAGGCCAAUACGAUCCUUCCAACAGCACCUCUGACCCGUUGCACAAAUGUGAUUUCUACAAUAGCAAAGCCGCCGGUAAUAAGCUCAAGGAAGGGCUAUCUCUUGGAUACAGUGAAGAUUGGACGUUCGCUCUAGAGAAACUGACAGGUGAGCGGAAAAUCAGCGGCCAGGCUCUGCUUGAAUACUUUGCACCGUUGUAUACAUUCUUGCAACAGGAGAACCGAAAGCUUAAAAACGCCGAAAUGGAGUCCAUCAUCGAAAAGUACAACGAUCAGUACGAGGUUGCUUGCAAUCGACAGGUGAAGGCUCAGUACGCUACUCAGGUCGAUGUUGGUAACAUAACGCUACUGCAGGAGCUGACACAAAUUCUCAACGAAAACACCGCCUUUGUGCUGGAGAACUUUGAAAAAUAUUUCGCCAAUGUUGAAAUUACAGACUACGAUAAGGCGGAAAUUCGUCGGCAGUUACAGUAUCUGACACAGAUUUCGGUUAAUCGGCUUCCUUCUGAGGAAUUCAAUGCGUUGAAUAGUGCCCUUGGUCGAAUGCAGAACAUAUACAGCACUACUCUAAUUUGUCCGUACAAUGACCAGAACUGUUCGGAAGCCACCCUGAGCUUGGAUCCGGAUCUGUACGGAGUACUGGCUAGCUCACAGGAUUACGAUGAGCUGCUGUACGUUUGGAAGGAAUGGCGCGAUAAAACGGGACGGCUGAUGAAGAACGAUUACGCAGAAUACGUGAAGUAUAUGAACAAAGCAGCCGGAAUUGCAGGAACUGACGACAUGGGAGAAUUGUGGAGAUCGUCCUUCGAAGAGGAUAAUUUUGUCGAGAAUAUGAAACAGUUGUGGGAACAAUUGAAACCAUUCUAUGGCGAAUUGCACAAAUACGUGCGUCGCAAAUUGAUGGAAAUCUACGGUGACAAGAUGGACGCUGAAAACCCAAAUAUUCCGGCUCACUUAUUGGGUAAUAUGUGGGCCCAAUCAUGGGUCAACUUGUAUGAACGUACAAAACCGUUCGAGAAUGCAUCUGACUUGGACAUUACUAAAGCAUUAGUAGCAAAAAAUUUCACCAUUAGGCAACUGUUCGAAAUAUCUAACGAUUUCUACGUUGGUCUGGGACUUCCUGACAAUAGUAUGAGUUACAACGAGAGCCUUGGAGCGGUGAUCGAGAAACCCACGGAUCGUGUAGUAACUUGUCACGCUUCGGCAUGGGAUUUCUGCGAUCGAGUGGAUUUCCGCAUCAAGAUGUGCACCCGUAUGAACAUGGAGGACUUUGUUACAAUUCAUCACGAAAUGGGCCACAUCAACUACUACAUUCUGUACAAAGAUCAACCGAUAGCCCUGAGAGCAGGUGCCAAUCCAGGGUUCCAUGAAGCUGUUGGUGACACGAUCGCGUUAUCGGUAGCAACGCCGAAACAUUUCAGCAAGAUCGGGCUGCUGGAAGAUUAUGUCGAUAGUCACGAGAAUGAUAUCAACGCACUCUACCUGAAGGCACUGGAUCGAGUGGCAUUUUUGCCUUUCGGCCUGUUGAUCGACAUGUGGCGUUGGGAAGUAUUCGCUGGUGAGGUCGAUUUUGCGGAUUGGAACAAACGCUGGUGGGAGCUCAGAGAGGAAUAUCAGAUGAUUUCGGCCCCAGUCGAGCGAGAUUUGGAUGCUUUCGACCCAGGUGCAAAGUAUCAUAUACCCUUCGACAGUCAGUAUAUUUCAUACUUCAUUGCUCACAUUCUGGACCUACAGCUGCAUAAAGCACUCUGCCAAGUAGCCGGUGAAUAUGAGCCCAAUAACUCGGAGAAACCUUUGCACAAAUGUGACAUUGAUGGAUCCACGGCAGCCGGUGAUCGUUUACGGGCUGGCUUGCAGCUGGGUCGCUCCGAACACUGGUCGGAGGCGUUGCGGGCUAUGACCGGCGAGACAGAACUGAAGACGGAUGCUCUGUUAGAAUAUUACGCACCACUGUACGAGUUCCUAAAGGAGGAGAAUGAAAAGGCCGAGAAAGGAGCGGCUGCCGCAGUCGCUCUGUCGACUUCUCUGAUUGUAGCAAUGACCGGCGUCAGUUUACUGUUGAGAUUAUUUUAGACUCUUAAUGUGCGAAUAAACGGUGACCCAUAUCGUGAGCGCAGUUAAUGUUUA